CCCCUGCCGUUCCUUUGCUGAAGAUACAUGUCCCGGAAGAAAAGUGUGACCAUUUGUUGGCAUCUGUGAACUACACGAAAAAAGUUGCAUCCACGUGCAGCGCAAGGUGUCCUGGUCGUCAACCAGAAUACCAGCCCCUUCGCAAUGGGAGUGCUUGUGCUCUGAAGGAGUCGUGGCGAUCGUACAAACGAGUUACGGAAGUCGGCGAGUGCCAUGCAGGAAGCUGCUUGAAUAAAGAAGCCGUCACAUAA